AUGCAUUCUUGUUGCAUUUUCAAGGUACAUCAAUGCCUUGCGGAAAUAAACAAGAAGACUUACCAGCCCCAUAUUGUCUCCUGUGGUCCAUAUCACCAUGUUGAUCAACAUUUGAAGAUGAUACUGCAACACAAAUGGAAAUAUCUUCGUGGUAGCAGCAAUGGAAGAAGAAAUAAGAGGGUGCUAUUCGGAGACCAUCAGCGUCAUGAUCUAGUUGAGAUGAUGGUGUUGGAUGGUCUCUUCACUAUUGAACUCUUUUGCAAAGUUGGAAAAUUGUCACCAAUUGAUCCAGACGAUCCCAUCUUUAACUUGGAAUGGAUAUUCGCUAAUAUCUUACGAGAUCUUUUUCGUUUCGAGAAUCAAAUUCCGUUCUUCCUUCUUCAAAAACUAUUUGAUGAAUCAAAACCUUCAAGAGGAGAUAGUGACUCAUCCCUUGCUAAACUUGCCUUGGAAUUCUUUAACUGUGCAGUAGAAACCCCUAAGCAAGUCUUAAAUCAGGACUUCACUACUGUUGAAGGAAAACAUUUACUGGAUUUACUCCGCUGGAUAUGCCAAAAAGCCUCUGCAAGGAACAAGGAAGGCAAUGCAAAAGUUUGUAGCAGGAAGGGAAAUACUUCUCCGUCCCUUGAAUUUAUCCAGUCAGCCAAAAAGCUUCGUCAAGCUGGAAUUAAGUUCAAGACAAGGAAGGCAGUGAGCUUCUUAGACAUAAGAUUUUGCAAUGGAGUGCUGGAAAUUCCACACAUAGUAAUCGACAAUCUACGGACUGAUUUAUUGAUGAAUUUUGUAGCGUUUGAACAAUGCUACUUUCAUUGCUCAAAGGAUGUAACAAGUUACGCUGCAUUCAUGAGUUGUCUGAUCCGCACGCCUGAAGACGUAUCAUUUCUCUGCGACAAGAAAAUUGUCGAGAAUUAUCUUGGAACUGAUGAGAAGGUUGUUCAUUUCUUCAAAAACCUUGGCAAAGAUGUGCCUUUCGAUAUUGAUGACUGUUAUCUAUCGAAGUCGUUCAAAGAGGUGAAUAAGUACCAUAGAAAUGUGUGGCAUGUGCGAUGGGAAGGUUUUAGAUCCAAGUAUUUUGGUACUCCGUGGUCUUUCUUGUCUGCUUUAGCUGCUGUUAUACUCCUACUACUUACUGCGAUUCAGACCUUCUUUGCUGUUUAUAAAUAAGCAAGGAAAAUCUGAAGGUACUAGG